AGGAGCCGACGCCGGGCGGUGCCGGCGGCGCCAGCGCCAAGAAGCGGGUGCAGUUCUCCGAGAGUCCGCAGCUGACCCUGACCGUGCAGGACAUGGGCGACACGUCCGAGCUGGUCAGCCAGCUGCUGAAACAGCACCCAGAAGUGCUGCGCGGCGGACAGAACAUCAAGGUGCGUCUGGUGACCCAGGUGGGUUCGGGCUCGCCCGGCCGCAGCGAGUACGUGAUGGUGAAGCAGCAGCCGUCGCCGGCCGACACGCUGGAGUCGCCGCUCACCUGCUCGCUCUGCGCGCGCGCCGGCAAGCAGGUGGACUUCUGGUGGGCGGACCAGAUGGCCAAGCACUUCCAGGACGAGCACAGAGACGCGGCCGCCAUCGACCUCAACACGCUGUCGUGCACGGCGUGCGUGCAGGCUGGCGACCCGAUCGAGUUCGCCGCCGUCGACGACUACUUCACGCACCUGCGCGACGUGCACGACACGCGCGGCGUGAGCGGGCUCGGCGCGUGCCAGCUGUGCGGCUUCUCGGCGCCCAAGAAGCUGCAGCUGAUGUACCACCAGUACAUCAAGCACGGCAUUCAGCCGCCGCGCUUCAUCACCUUCCCCAAGUGCGACCGGUGCGACUUCGAGGCCAUCAGCGACUCGGAGCUGGCGCAGCACCGGCAGCGGCGUCACAAGGUCACCAAGGAGUACAAGUGCAAGGACUGCGGUGUGCUCUUCAACAACCUCAGCCUGCUGGAGGGCCACAUGCGCGGCAAUGCGUGCCGUCAAGCGCCCGACCCCAAGCGCAAGCUCGAGUGGAAGUGCGAGUUCUGCGGCAUGUCGUUCUCGCGCAGCUAUAACCUCAAGGGCCACAUGCGCUCCGUCCACAAGCUGUCGUCGGAGUUGCGGCGCGCCACACCGGCGCCGCCGCCGCCGCCGUCGCCGGCGUCCGUGAAGCAGGAGGCGGCGGCCGCCAGCGACCCGCCGCCGGGCGCCGCCGCGCCGCUCGACCCCAGCUCCGAAGCCGAGUCCAUGUCGGCCGUGGCCAACAGCGUAGCCGCCUCGCUCAGCCUGACGGUGGACGGCGAGUACAUGCAGCUGCCGGACGGCAUUGUGCCCGUCGAGGACGAGAACGGCAUGAUCUCGUACAUCGCGCUGCGGCCGGCGGCCGACGGCGGCCCGGCCGUCUCCGGCGGCGCCGUGGUGGAGGUGACGCAGUACACGGUGCCGGUGGUGGUGAGCAGCGGCGGCGGGCCGCACGGCCAGGACACGGUCACCAUCCAGUACGGCCAGCGGGUGAGCGUGGCCGACCUGCAGCACGGCCAGAUCACCAUAUCGGACAUGGCGCACGGUCACGUGAUCGUGUCGGGCAUGCACGACGGCCGCCAGGUGAGCAUGGCGGGCCUGCAGCCCGGCCAGGAGGUGAUCGUCACCGAGAUGCCGCAGGACCAGGUCACCAUGUACGAGGUGCACCAAGGCCAGGAGGUCAUCGUGUCGGACAUGCCGCAUGGCCAGGAAGUGCGGCUGGCGGGCGUGGACGUCAGCGAGCACGGCAUGCAGCAGUGUCAGGAGGUCGAUGCGCCUGAGAUGCAGCACAGCGAGGAGGUGAUCACGUCCGACCUGCAGCAGGCCAGCGAGGCGGACAUGCAGCACGACCAGGAGGUCGGCUCGUCGUCGGCGCACUACGGCCAAGAGGUGAGCGUGGCGACGCACGAGGCGGCCUCGUCCGGAGUGGAGCUGGACGCAGACGCGAUGGACGCCUAG